CCCGUAGGAGUUUAGAUCGACCCUCGUCAAAGUUCGCUACAAGGACUUACCGCCAGUCAAGCGUUUUGGGCUCAGAGCCAUUCUAGUCGGAAAUCCGGGAAUGCGUCUCGCAGCUGCCAGGACUCAAGCCGCCGAAGACCUGCGGAGCAUCGAGUGUCUGGGCCGCUCUGGCGUUUUCGUGCAGGAUUUGCCGGAUCCGGUCUCGGGGGGAUUUCCCAACUCCACCUGUGGAUUCUACCUGGAGCCCGAUGGUGUAUGGCCGACAAGCAUGCAGAAGGGGCCGCCCUCCGUGACCAUGAAGGAAAAAAGGACGACGAUGCCCACGACGGCGGCGGCACGAAAAACCAUCACGGACGAGGUCUACGUGCCGCAGAGUUAUCUUGAAGCCUACAACUGUCGACCACCGCCGUUUUUUAUUCCCAUGGUCGUGAUAGCACAAGUAAGUCAUAUACUCGUUUAUGUUUGCCCUCGACGCAACGAUAGCACUGUUGACAAAGGAAGACUGUAA